CUGUUGUGUUCCUCCAAGUUUCUGCCCCGUCGUUUCUUCCGUCUCUGUUUUCUUCUCCUUUAUAGAAUUUGAUUGACUUUAUCUGGAAAUUACACUCUAAAAAAACAAUCACCCAAAUGCAUUUGAAUAUCAAUGUUGAAGAUCCUUAGAGCAUUUCAAUGUCAGGUCUGAGUUUCGUGCUUGAUUGGUAUGGUAGGAAGAAGGAUUAAAAGAAUCAGGUUCCUCAGCUCUUACUGAAAUGUGCAGUGGGAUCCAUUGCUCGGGCAAUGAUCUUGACAUUAUAGUAGGGAUACAGUUUUGUUAGCAAUGCAAUUAGUAUCAAAUGAUAGUCAAAAGGAAGGUAUUUCAGAAAGAGAACCCAUCUUAAGCCAGCCUGACAUUUCACGAACAUAUGAAGAAUGUGAAAUUUCAUCUGUUGGAGGGGAUUGUGUUGUUGGUGAAGAUUUGGAAGAAAUUAAUGUUGACGAAACCAGCCAUCUGGUCAAUUCAGAUCACCGACAAUGCCGUAUAUGCCUUGAUAAUGAAGGGGAUGAAUUAAUCGCACCUUGCCACUGCAAGGGCACUCAGAAGUAUGUCCAUAGAUCCUGUCUCGAUAACUGGAGGUCAACUAAGGAGGGCUUUGCAUUUGCCCAUUGUACAGAGUGCAGGGCAUUGUUCAUCUUACGUGCAAAUGUCCCACCGGACCGAUGGUGGCUGAGAUUAAAAUUCCAGUUCCUUGUUGCAAGGGACCAUGCAUUCAUCUUUGUAAUUGUUCAGCUGUUUGUAGCUUUUUUAGGGGUGCUGGUCUACAAGUUUUAUGGGGAGGAACUAAGAGAAAUGUUUGGUUAUGAUGAACACCCUUAUGGGUUCUAUACUAUGGCAGUUUUAGCAAUUGUCUUGGUGGGUUUGCUCUAUGGUUUCUUCAUUGCUAUCAUAUGUGGUCAAAGGAUCAAUGAACGGCAUUAUCAUGUUCUUGUGAAACAGGAAUUAACAAAGGAAUAUAUGGUUGAAGACCGGGAAGAUAAUAAGAACACCUCGGAACUAGACCCCAGCCAUGUGACGGAGCUAAGAAUGUUGGGGCUCUAUUAAUUUUGUAGCCGUGCAUUUCGUUUGUUUUCCCGUAAUUUUCACCGGACUAGUGAAGUUGCCUCCUGUUUGCUUCAGUGUCUUGCUUCAUGGUACGGGCUGGUCCGCAUGUCGCCAGAAGAAUUCAAAAUGUCGCAAGCAUUGAAUUGGGAAGGUAGGGAAGUUGGCCUGCACUCUAUGUUGAACUGAGCUCAUGUGCUUUCCAUCAACCCG